AUGCUGAUGAAGAAGAUGUGGGUUGUCGAAGAGCGCAAGGACAAGACGGUUUACCGCCGCCGCUGCCCUGGUGCUUCAGACAUCCUGACCUUCUUCUUUGUGUCGACAUGCGCCCUGCUAUUUCUCCUAAUAUGCUCCAUACUCUAUGGCACCCGGACGGAGAACCCGCAUCUCCCUGGCAUGGUCCAAGGGGUUCUACCGGCUGGCAGGUGUCUCUGCCAGUUCAGCUCCAAUUUCCAGUGCGAUACAUGUUUGGACUGCGCAUCAAACCAGGCGCUUCUGGCCGAAAACGCCACCGACGCCGAUCCUUGGACUUUCACCUAUAAGAGAGACAGAAACAACUAUGGUCUGGAUGAGGAGCAGUGUCAGAGUGCAUUCCCUGGGCAGUAUGAGGACAUUGAGCGCGCCGUCAAGCUGCGCGACCGAUGGGGCAAGGUCACGGAGGAGGACCUCUCAAGUUUUGACCUUACCAAGGGCAUGGUUCGCGGCAUGAUCUAUGAUCGAGAGCUGUACAUCCUUGAGACAUACCUCGUCGACAACGUCAACCGACAGAAAGCUAUCGCAUCCCUCAGCGCCAUGUACCGAUCUGUCCGCUCCGCGCCCGCGACCACAGAAAUCCCGAAUAUCGAGUUCGUCUUCUCCGUUGAAGAUCUGCCCGCGCAGCCAACCAAGCCAAUGUGGUCGCUCGCUCGUCGUGUACAGGACCAUCAUCUCUGGCUGAUACCCGACUUUGGAUUCUGGAGCUGGGACAUGCCCUCGCUCGGCACGCUCGAUGAGGUGGCGAUUGAAGCAGUCGAGCGCGAGAGUGUGGAGCCAUGGGAUCAGAAACAGGAGAAGCUUGUCUGGCGCGGCAAGAUCACAUUUGCGCCGAAACUGCGGAGAGCAUUGCUCGACGCCGCAAAGGGCAAGCCGUGGAGCGACGUUGGGCAGCUCAAGUGGACGGACCCCAACUUUAAGGAACAAUUCCUUGGCCCGGUAGAUCAGUGCAACUACAUGUUCAUUGCACAUGCUGAGGGUAUGACUGACGACACGGAGCUUCCGCCUUCAAGGCCUCAGAAGCAAGCGACCAUGAUCAAAACUGACGAUCCUGCAGGCCGCUCCUACUCCGGCUCUCUCAAGUACCGCCAACUCUGCCGCUCCGUUAUCGUCUCACACAAGCUCCAGUGGAUACAGCACUACCACUACCUCUUUCGCAACAACGGCUCAAAUCAGAACUUCGUCGAGGUCGAGCGCGACUUCUCCGACCUGGUGCCCGCGAUGGAGGAUCUACUCGAUCACCCCGAGAAGGCGAAACGCAUAGCAGACAACAGCGUCGCUGUAUUUAGGGAACGCUACCUCACGCAAGCGGCCGAGUCGUGUUACUGGAGACAUCUCAUUAAGAGGUGGAAAGACGUCCUAGGCUUCGAGCCAAUGCUGUACAAAGCUGGGGGUUCGGAAAGCAGCAAAGACGGCAAGAGGGUCAAGAAAGACCAAAAGAGGGGGGUACGAUACGAAACGUUCAUGUGA